AGGACACGAUUGUGUCAAGUUUCUUAUACGUUUUCUAACGUAUUAUUCUUCUUGCCUGGUUACGACAUAUUCUCCCCAGAUGUUUUUCUUUCGAUAAUAGAGACAAUUCCAAUCAGAUCAUUCGACCAGACAGUAUUUUGAGGAGCACCCUGACAUAACUUUCGAUUGCGGUUAUCCCUGGCUGAACUUCCCAGCUACCUGGCUAAGGUUACUACUACUCGGAUCUACUACUGUACUACAGGGAAACAGGAUGCUGGGUGUGUGGGGCAUGGGUGUGAAACUAGGCACUCUCACUCUAGCGCUCUGCCUUACAUUGACCCCCUUACCCGCACACUCAUACAUCUACGCACAUUACAGCAAUAGGACCAAUAUGAUGUUUGAGGACCUGCCUGCCUUGUUUGGAUCUUCACUACCCAAAGAGGGACUUAAGGGUGUGUUAAUUGAGUCACGACCACUCAAUGGCUGCUCUCCAUUAGAACCUCCACCACCACUGCCUACGUCUGGUGAUGCCAAUGCCACAACUAUUAAGUACAUCGUUCUCAUCCGACGCUAUGACUGCAAUUUUGAAAUGAAGGUACUGCAUGCACAACAAGCUGGAUUCAGUGCAGCCAUUGUUCACAACAUGUACUCAGAGACACUGCUCAACAUGAACUACAGCAAUGAAACCAUUGCAGAGGAGAUUGAGAUCCCCUCAGUAUUCACCAGUUACUAUGCUUCCCAAAUUCUCAGGACCUUCAUUAUUCCUGAACAAGGGGCAUAUGUGAUCCUCAAGCCGGAGUUUGCCUUCCCACUCUCUUACUAUCUCAUCCCGUUCACUGGAGUGGUGGGGAUGAUCUUUGUUGUGAUGGUUGUGGUACUGAUUGUGCGCUGUGUACAGUACAAGAAAAGAAUGAGGAAAAAUAAGCUGACCAAAGAACAGCUAAAGAAGAUCCCGAUUCAUAAGUUCACCAAAGGUGAUAAAUAUGAUGUUUGUGCUAUUUGUCUGGAUGAGUAUGAAGAGGGAGACAAACUGCGUGUUUUGCCUUGCUCACACGCAUACCACAGCAAGUGUGUGGACCCCUGGCUUACAGAGACAAAGAAAACCUGUCCUGUCUGCAAACAACGCGUGACCCGGUCCAAUCCAGAAUACUCAGAAUCGGAAUCUGAGGAUGAUGGAGUGCGUGGUGGAGACGAAGAAGGUGUCGAGGGCGAAGCCGAUACAGAGCGCACCCCUCUGCUCCGCCCCUCCAACUUGAGCACCUCCAACCCAGGGUCCCCCUCUGGUAACCCAGGGUCCCCCUCUGGUAACCCAGGGUCCCCCUCUGGUAACCCAGGGACCUACUCUGCCAUUGUAACCACAGUAACCACUGCACAGUGCCUAGGAUUCCCCGCCCACUGCAACUCACCCAUUCUGGAGUAUGAGGGCUACUACUCCCCCCAUGAGGAUUCCGACUCUGGUACUGAGGAGGAGGGAGUGGACUCCAGCCCUUCUGAUGAGGACACUGCCCUGCUCAUUGGUAGUGGUGCACUAAGAGUCUGAGAGCUAUUGAGAUUUAACUAUGUUGUGCUAGUUGGAAAGGGUCCUUUUUUCCCACAGUGUGUCUCUCUCUCUCACAUGCACACACAGAAACACACACACGGUUUAUGGAGUUGUAGCUAUUAGGUUGUUUCUUGUAGAACACUAUUGUUCAUUUGGUAACAUAGAGCAGGUUUUACCUAUUUUAUCUCUUUAAACUUGAUUUGCACAAACUGAAUUGACUGCCAGGCAGUCUCAAUCUUAAAUGUCAUUGUUAUUUGAUUGAAAAAACCUUGUCAGUGCCCUAUUUGUCAAACUACAUAACCCAUAUUUUUUCUUCAAUGAGUGAGCAAUGAGAUAACCCAUCUGAGAUAAAUGUAGCAUGUUUAUUAUUUAAUUGUUUAUGAUUGAGACUCAUUAGUGUGCUGCUGUCUAAUAUGAUAGGACUAAUAUGUCUUCCCCGUGCUAGCAGUAUACCCUUUUGCAUUUCUGUAACUGGCAUUGUGCAUAAAUGGGAGGGUCAUUUAGUUAUUGAGUGAUCAUUUUUCCUGAUGGGAUGUUUAUUUGUAAUGGACAAGUAAUCAGGUUAUGCCAAAGGAGAAUACUAUUGUUCGCUGUAAUACAUUUUUAUUCCCACGUAUUGUUUAACCACUUUUACUAGUUUUUAAAUGGUCAGUUGGUCCAGCAUAAAAUAUUUUCAACCUCUUCUUCUAUAGUAGAAUGUUCAGAGAUCUGAGUGAUGUUGCAAUAAUUGUAGAAAUCUUGUCUAAAACUUUAAAAAAAGAAAUUCCAACAAACUCAGGAAUAUGAACACAUUCAGGUUUAGGUAAUUUUCUCCAUGCAUAUUUUAACCUGCAUAACAGUUACUGCAUAGUAUGUUACAUAUCUACAUUUAUUGCCUCCUCUGCUAUAACUCUUGCUCUCUGUAUUACGAUGUCUACCUUUUCUUUAUAUGUUGACCUAGCAAAACUAGAAUAUGAAAUCAUAGAUUGACACACUACAUGGUAAAUUGUAUUCCUGUGUGACAUAUGUUUUCUUUUGGGCUUUUUAGUAAAAUGUGCUUAAGCUGG